AUGGCUACGCACCACGCGAAGAAUGAAGUUCUCAAGGCCGCUGCCCUAUUCGAUGUAUCGCACAUCACCGCCGUCGUAACAGGCGGCGCGACCGGCAUUGGACUGAUGAUCACUCAAGCUCUACAGUCCAAUGGCGCCAAGGUCUACAUCACAGGCCGCCGUAAGGAGGUGCUUGAGCAAACCCAGAAGACAUACGGUACAGGGCCUGGAAGUAUUCAUGUUCUUCCAGGAGAUGUCAGUGAGAAGGAUGAGGCUAUUCGCCUGGCGGAGGAGGUUGCCAAGAAGGAGCCGAAUGGUAUUCACUUACUUGUUAACAACGCCGGUAUUGCAGAGGAUGACAACACCAAGUUCUCCUCGGCUGGCGAGCCCGAUAUGUCCGACGCCAAGGCUCUUUCGGAGCACUUCCUCAAGACUGAGCCACAGCAAUGGGCAGACACACUAAAGACAAACGUGACUGGACCUUAUUACAUGUCUAUGGCCUUCCUGCCACUACUCGCCAAAGGGCGUGAAAACACUCCAGGUUAUUCCUCUCAAAUCAUCAAUGUCUCUUCCAUCUCGGGAGCGAUGAAAGGUUCCAGCAUGGGACAGCCAGCCUACGCCACCUCCAAGGCUGCUCUUACCCACCUUAGCCGUAUGAUAGCUACUCUCACCAAGGACGUCAAAGUACGAGUCAAUGUCAUCGCACCAGGCUUGUUCCCCAGUGAGAUGACUACUGGAGAAUCUGAUGAAGGUAACAAGAGCAACAUUGAUAAGAAGAUGACUAACCCAGCUGGACGACCGGGUCAUGAUACUGAUAUGGCUGCGACUAUUCUCUUCCUUGCUGGAAAGGGUGGCUUGUUUUACAAUGGCCAGAUUGUUUAUCCUGAUGGAGGCUCGACAUUGAUCAACCCUGCAAUCGCGAACUGA